AUACGUUCAGUAAAAAACGACCAAAACCCCCAAUCCACGCGCUCUCCUCCUCCUCCUCCUCCUCCUCGAUCGAACCCUCUCCAAUUUCGCUUCUCCGAUCCGCGCGGCGGCGAUGUGAUCGCCCUGCCCCCCUUCUCUCGGAGCUCCGGCGAAGGGAAGCGGCGCCGAGAGAUGUGAGCUCCGGGGGCGGGCGCAAAUGGCGUGGGACGCCGCGGCGGCGGCAGUGCCGGUGGUGGUAGCAGAGGCGCAGGGCGGGGUUAAGAAGGCAGCGGCGGCGGCGAGGAACUGGAUCCUGUUCGAUUCGAAUGGGGAGGGGACGAUUCUGGAUGUGGACAAGUACGCGAUCAUGCAUAGGGUCGAAAUAAACGCGCGGGAUCUCAGGAUUUUGGAUCCCUUACUAUCGUAUCCAUCCGCUAUACUGGGGCGCGAGACAGCAAUCGUGCUCAAUCUCGAGCAUAUCAAAGCGAUAAUUACUGCUGAAGAGGUGUUGCUUAGAGAUCCUACGGACGAGAAUGUUGUUCCAAUCGUGGAGGAGCUUCGGAGGCGCCUACCACCAGCUAGUAUUCUUCAGCAAGGGCAGGGUGAAGGGAAGGAGAACUUAACUAGCCAAAAUGAUGCAGAAGCUGGUGAGGAGGAUGAGUCUCCAUUUGAGUUCCGUGCCCUGGAGGUUUGUUUAGAAGCUAUUUGCAGUUUCCUUGAUGCUCGAACCACAGAGCUAGAGACUGCGGCCUACCCAGCUUUAGAUGAACUAACCUCCAAGAUUAGCAGCCGUAACUUGGACCGGGUGCGAAAGUUGAAGAGUGCUAUGACAAGGUUGACUGCUAGGGUUCAGAAGGUUAGAGAUGAGCUUGAACAACUACUGGACGAUGAUGAUGACAUGGCAGAUCUUUACUUGACAAGAAAAAUGACUGGUGCUUCCUCUCCUGUGAGUGGUUCUGUUGCACCCAUUUGGCUUCCCACAUCACCAACAAUUGGCUCAAAGAUAUCAAGGGCGAGCAGGGCAAGUGCAGCAACUAUACAUGGAAAUGAGAAUGACGUUGAGGAGCUCGAAAUGUUGCUUGAGGCAUACUUCAUGCAAAUUGAUGGCACGUUGAACAAACUGAACACAUUGCGUGAGUAUAUUGACGACACAGAGGAUUACAUUAAUAUCCAGGAUGAACAUAUUAUGAACUCAUGGCAAAUUCUUGCUAAUGCAGCUCGACAACCAUCGAAAUCAAUUGAUUCAGUUGGAGCUAUUCUUAAGUUCUGGGACAGUGUCCCUCUCGAUUUACUCAUUGGCCGCAGGUAUAUUUGGAAUGAAUAUACCAUACUCAUGGAAUCAAGACCAUGGAUAUAUUUAUAAAUGGGUGGUCCUUAUUUCUGGACUAGCGUCUGCCUUUGUGUUCAUCUUAAUUGUUGCAUAUGCUCGCCACAAGGGCCUCGUCGGAUCUUGAUUGCUUGAGAGGCACACACUCAGUUGAGGAACUAAAAUAUCAAUUGUUAUGUUCCCUACCACACAAAUAUUAUACCAUAAUUGACUUGCUCUUGUUCAGUCUCAUUUAGUCGCUAAUGAGACUUUGUGAUAAAAGUCAAUUAAUUGAUAAUCCAACAUGGAGACAUCGCCCAUGUGGCUCAUUGAUUGUAACUCAAAAUGUUUUAGGUUUUAUUAUGGAGGCAAAAAAAAAAAGAAAAAAAGUGUUGUCACAUUCAAUGAUGUUAAAGAAAAAAAAAAUCAUUGUCCAACAAAUUAUCAAAAGAAAACUUUUUUUAGCACUUGACAUGAACCGAGUGUAAUUAACGUGGAAAUAAUUGUUCUGCUUCUUGUUCA